GAUUAUUAAUAUAAGAGUGUGUGGGUAGGAUUUCACUUUAUUUAUGUAGAGAGCAGUGCAAUUGUUCAGACUGGUGGAGGCACCACUGUACAUAGAUGCAGAUCACAAUGAUUUCUACAUACAAAUGUAUAGUUCUACGAAGGGGGUUAAAUAUACCUUACGUAAGAGGUAAGGUAAGUUCUUCUGGAAGCUGAUUCCAUAUAUAUAUUUGAACCAGAGAAACGGUUGUGUAUUCAGUACCUGUCCAGUGGAUCGAGUUGUCCAGCUUCCAUCAAACAAAUAUCAAGAAUGGCUUACUACCAGAUACCUGACCCAGAACAGCUGAUUGAAUGCCCCUAUGACAAAGUUCACAUGGUAGCUGCCAAGCGCAUGCAGUAUCAUCUGAUGAAAUGUAGAAGGAAUUUCACAGGGAGAGAAUUUGCCACAUGCCCUUUCAAUGCCAGACAUGAGAUGCCCAAGCCUGAGUUAAGAUAUCACAUAGCUAACUGUCCUGACAAGGCCAUGCUGGAACCUAUACUCAGUUAUGAGCAGUCCAAGAACCAAGAGGAUGGCAAGAAUUUCAAAGGUUGUACAGAUCUACCUAAGUAUGAUGACCAAAGUAGACCUGGUAGAUCAGCUGAAAACUGGGAUGAAGAAAUACCAGAUAAUCCAAGAAUAGGAGUAGACCCAUCAUACUUUGCUAGAAUGGAAUACAAAGAUAUGUCUGGAAUGAGUAGAUCUGAGAAGAAAUCUUGGAGGAAUCAAUGCCAUCUACCUCCUGAUCAGAGGAAGUAUCCACUACAGGAGAAACAAGAAGAGGAAGAGGAUGGACAACUCCGCAAGCCACGCAUUCAAGCCUCUAAAUUUAUGAUAGCUCAACCUCCACCUCAACAAUCACAGGUGUUAUCAUACAGUCUGGCUAUGGCAGGCAUUGGACGAGGUGGAGUUGCAAUGAAUCAGGAAAUACCACAGGCAGCAGGUAGAGCACAGAAAAUGGCAGCAGUAGGUCGCGGCAGGGUAGAGAGCGUGCCUGCAGUAGGUCGUGGUAUGGCCACAUCUAUGCCACCUGCUGGACGGGCUAUGGGUAGAGCAUCUGCUCUGAACUAUGCUCCGACUAUGAAUGGCACAGCACAAGUUAAUGGCAUGAUGAGUAACGUACCAAAAUCAAAAAUAGUACCACCAGGGUUUAACGGCCAGUUUGCUGCUUCUGAUAGAGAUGAGGAAACGCAGUUGCCAGGACAGUUUGCUGAUUUUGAUGACAGAGAAGAAGAUAUUGUAAAGCUUGUUGGUGGAAAUAAGGAAAAUGAAAGUCCUCCUGCCCCUGCUAGAGCUCCAGCUGGAAUUGGUAGAGGAGUGGGGUUGUUACCCCCUUCUGCUUUUAGUGUAGGACUUGGAAGAGGGGUGCUUCGAGAUAUGGAAGGAGCUCCUGCAUCUCCGUCAUUUGUUGUUGUUAAAGUACCAUCAGAUACUGGAGAGAUAAGCAGAGUUUCCCCUGUUCAAGAGGGGUCCAUUAAUGCAAAUUUUGAAGAUGCUAAGAAAAGAGAAAUUAAGAAAAUCGAGAAGAAAUUGAAGCAGAUUGAACUUCUUGAGGAAAAACAUGAGGAAGGAUAUUCAUACAAUAAGGAUGAGGAACUAAAAGUCAGAGCAAAGGACAAGUUGUUGAAGGCAUUAGAGGAAUUAACAUUGUAAUGGAAUAUAAGUAGAAAAGAUUACAGUUUUGAUGGGCGACUCAGGAACAUUAAAACUUCAAGCUGAUAUUAGACAUUUACCGAAUUAUGUUUUGUUCAGAACAAGUUAUAUAUUUUUAUUUCUAGUUCCCGUAGAUAAUGGGACUUUUAUCAUAAUUUUAUUUUUUAUUGAUUACGGGUUAAGGGAACAAACUAGUCAUGUCCUUUUGUAAAGUGCCUACACGGUGAAUAUAUAUAUCUUUUUGAUAUGUAUUUAAUAAAAAGGAUAUGACAGGAAUUAAUAAUCACCAAUCACCAGCAAUCACCCUGAUUCACUAAAAUACACUCUAAAUCAACAGCUAUCAUCUAGAUUCACCAGCAAGAGUGAUUUUUUUUACUGAAUGUGUGUGUACUGUGGGUGAACUGUAAGAAAAUAAAAUCGUGGAUAAUGUUUGAUUCUGGACUGUAGGGUAUAGUCAGUAUUUACUCACAUAUGCAAACUAGUUUGUCCAAUUAGAUAAUGCUUUUAUGAAAAAUGGUAACAUUUACAAAUGUUGAUUGUGUUCUGUUUUAUUUGGUUAGAAUGUUUACUAGACAACAAUACUUUUAUGGGGAUAGACAUUUAACUAAGACACAAUAAAUGUAUGUGAAAUGGAUUACUAUUUAUGUCAAAGUUAUUGAUUAAUAACCAUGAUAAUCAAACUAGUGCAAUAAUAAUACAACUGUGAUGAAAUGAAAAUAACUGAAGUUUUUUCACUGAUACAUAUAGAAGGUAAAUGUAAGUAAAGGGUUCUCGUGAUAAUGGGUUCAAGCGAUAAGGUUAACAAUUUUUAUGCCCUCGCCAUAGCGGAGGGGGCAUUAAGUUUUACCCUUGUCCGUCUGUACGUACGUACGUCCGUAUGUCCCAGAAUUGGUUUCCGUUCUCUAACUUGAGUUUGCCUCAACCAAAUGUUAUGAAACUUAUACACAAUGCUCAUUACCAUAAAACACAGAUACAUUUGAAUUUUGGUGGCGUCACUUUAACUGUUCUAGAGUCAUGCCCCUUUAUAAAUGGAAAUUUUUUUAAUUUUUUAGUUCCCGUUUAACUUAAGUUUGCCUGAACCAACUGUUAUAAAACUUAUACACAAUGCUUAUACCCACAAAAUACAGAUCAGGUUUGAAUUUUGGUGGGGUCACUUUAACUAUUCUCGAGUUAUGCCCCUUUAUAAAUCGAAAAAUUGAAAUAUUUUUAGUUUCCGUUCUGUAAUUUAAGUUUGCUCCAACCAAACAUUAUGAAACCUAUACACAAUACUUAUUACCACAAAACUAAGAUCAAGUACAAAUUUGGGUAGCGUCACUUUUAUCGUUCUUGAGUUAUGACCCUUUGUAAUGUUGUAUGCAAGCGGGGGCAUCAUCUGUGUCCAUGGGGACACAUUCUCCAUUUAUUUUUUCCUGUGACUGACGUCAUACAGAUUAGGUGUUUGAUAAAGCCUUUGCAACAGUGACUGAUGUCGAUGACCUGACGUCAUACAGUUUAAGGGUGUAAUAAAGCCUUUGCAACCGUGACUGAUAUUGAUAUCAUCAUGGUUGACUGAUACAGCACGAUUGUCAUAGAUCGUAUUACACAAACAAUUUAAAUGUAUUUACUACUAAGUAUAUAAUAAUAAGAUUUAUCCAUACUGCUGAACUAAACACGGUAUCUUUUAUAAAACUAAUUGGGACAUUUCAAACUUAAUAUAUCCUUCUUUGAUUUUAUGCCAAGGUUAUAGAGGACUUAGAUGAAAGCCUAAACUCUUCUGAAAUUGAGGACAUUUCACAUUUCUCUCAGUAUAGGGUUUCUCCCAAUAUCAAAGGUUGAUCAUUUAGUAUGAACUGUCUGGUAAUUUCUGCUAAAAAAAACUUGAAGUUUGUUAAACAUACAUUCUUGAAAAUUUUUAAGUAAUAUCAAAACAUGCAUUUACUAUUCCCAAUGCUAAUUUGAAAGAUUGAAUACCUCAUCUUAUGCAACAUUCUCCAUUUAUUUUUAUCAAUUUUGAAUUGAAAUUAAAAUUUUAAGGUUCAUUAUUGAUGUACUAUUAUCUUUCAGUAGCUUGAUUUAUAGUUCAAGCAUAUUAUGAGACCUGUCAUAGUUAUCAAAGUUUGGUAGAACAUUUGUAAUUUAGCUAUGUUCCAAAAAAAAACCCACCAGAUCAGUCCAAAUGAGGGAAAUUAAGACUGUUUGCUGAAUUGCCAACUGCAAAAUAUGGAUAAGUGUUUGAAAUGAGAUGGUGUUAGUAACAAAAACAACAAAAGAAUAUGGGUGAUAUGUAAUUGAGAAACACAAUUUUAGUGCUUUUUUUAAAUGAGGUAUAUAAUGCCAAAUAAUUUGAACAUUGGUAUCUACAAAGGAGGUUUGGAUUAAGAGGCAGCAGCAUUUGACAGAUAUAGAUUAGAAUUUAAAUGAUGUUAAACAAUUGUUAGUGCUUCUAGUAUCUUCUAUGCGAACCUUUCUUCUAUAUAUAGUAUUUUGCUUAUCAAUCUAUACUUUGUACUAGAAGAGAAGUAACUAGGAUUCAAAUUUUGGGUGAGAGUUGAUUAAGACCUCUUUGGUUGAGAGGUAAAUGUUAUAUCAAAUAGAAUAUUUUAGUGGUUUUGAAUGUACAGGUUUUGACAUGUUUGGCAGAUCAUAUGCUUUACCAUUCCUUUUUCUUAGUUUAUAUUUUGUUCUAAACGCACAAUACAUACUUUUAUCAAGAUGAUUUACUGAUAUUUUAAGUUAAUUAGAACAAAAGUAGCUAGUGAUGGCAUAUUGACUGAGUUUGUGAUUCAAAUGAUAUAUUCUGUGAUUUUUUCUUCUGCUCAGGUAUAAAAUGAGACAAAAAUGUACUGGCUCAAAAUGUCAUGUACAUGUAUGUAAUUUAAAAUGUAUUCUCAUAUUGUUUGGCAAUUCACACUGAUAGAUAAAACAAAAUAAAAUUCACAGAAACACAUUAAGCUUGUUUUUAUUUUAUAUGUUAAGUUAUGGAUUCAACGAUUGAGCAUAAUGUCAUCUAUAAAUAUAUAUUCCUCAUUUAAUGUGUAAAAUAUUUUCUCCAGCUGAUGUAGUAAAGAACACAUGUCUUGAAAUAGCAUUUAUUGGUAUUUAAACAGAAAUAGAUUAUUUUUUAAGUCUGAAGAAAGGUUUUUAAUAUCAUUUUAUAAUGUGUAUUUUUUAAAUAGUUUGUAAGAAUCACAUUGUUUAAUAUCUUUAUCAAAAAAGAUUGUAUGGUAUGACUCAAGUUUUUAAUUUCAGAAAAAACAUCUGUGAUGUUAAAUAUCAUUUUAUACCAUUUUUUUUUAUCAGACCACAUGUAUCCUUUUAUUACCAUUUUAAGUGCAAUGAUAAUGCUGGUAUGUUUUGCCAAUAAAAUGACUAUAUAAUAA